UGAGGCUCAACAUUUGCUUGGCCAAUCCCAUGUAGCGCGCGCUUUUUCAAAAAGAUCAGACGGAAGCGUUUUCGGGGCGAAAACUAAAAUUCUUCAUUUAGCAAACAAUGUAUAUUUUUUAAUACAUUAAGUUCUGCGCAGAAAAAACAAAGAACAUUGUAGAGAAAAGACGCAGAAAAGGGUAGAGGCCAGAAAGACUGGAAAACGGCCGCUGUGGAAAGGGUAGGUGGGAGGAAGUUAAUUUCUGAUGCAAACGCCCCGGAGGCUCCUGAGAUGCGGAAGUGGACGCGGCUUCCAAUCACUUCCGGCGGGACUUGAUGGACAGAUGCCUUAUCCAAUCAGCGUGGGCCCCGCAUUAUAAAUAAUCGUUCAAAGCGCUCCCUCUUACUCAGUGGUUCCCGGCUCCUGGCUGUUAGGAAUGGCUCGAACCAAGCAGACGGCGCGCAAGUCGACGGGCGGGAAGGCGCCCCGCAAGCAGCUGGCCACCAAGGCCGCCCGCAAGAGCGCGCCGGCCACGGGCGGCGUGAAGAAGCCGCACCGCUACCGGCCCGGCACCGUGGCCCUGCGCGAGAUCCGGCGCUACCAGAAGUCCACGGAGCUGCUGAUCCGCAAGCUGCCCUUCCAGCGCCUGGUGCGCGAGAUCGCGCAGGACUUCAAGACCGACCUGCGCUUCCAGAGCUCGGCCGUCAUGGCGCUGCAGGAGGCGUGCGAGGCCUACCUGGUGGGGCUGUUCGAGGACACCAACCUGUGCGCCAUCCACGCCAAGCGCGUCACCAUCAUGCCCAAGGACAUCCAGCUCGCGCGCCGCAUCCGCGGGGAGAGGGCGUGAGCUCCAUCCCACCCACUUGCGCCAAAACCCAAAGGCUCUUUUCAGAGCCACCACAUUUUCACUUACAAGAGCUGUGCGCAAACUGUUAAUUUAUUUCCAGGCAGGAAUUGCCGCCCUGCGCCUAGAGUGUGUGGGAUCUUUACUUGGUGUAGGAAGUGUUUGAGAACACAGGUCCAGGGGUUUUUGAGAAUAAAACCGUGGAGAAUAGGAAACCCGGAAGGGCUUUAAGUAGAAGAAGCAGGAGGAAGAGACCAAGCUCUCCAGAAAGAACUGGGCCACGUUUGGUUGCUGACCGCUCCCUGUGAUAACGGAACCCCGAGCCAAGGUGUUUUCCCGGUCCUGUCUCUACACUGUAGAAUGAGCUCCUCGGACCAGAAGAUUUAAGCAGAGUGUGGAAGUUAUUACAAGUAGGCUCCGACUCCCCGGAAGAGGAGGGGGCCGGUGGUGGGCUGCCGCUGAACCCUUGUGGUCACGGUAUGUCUAUAUGUGCUACAAGCUGCUCUUCGUCUUCCCCCUGUCGCCACCUGCUUGAUUCCCUCAAUUGUUUUUGCCCAACAACCGACCUGAACUGUUGCUAUGCGUUUGUACCCCUUAUUGCUGCGGGCCCACCCUUGGUUUCCCAUGCCUCCCGCUGAGUCCAGAAACAUUAUAUUGUUUCUGCUUGGCUGGUUCCUGUGGUGAGGCUGCUCUAACUGCCAUGUCUGCCCCUAUGUUCCCCCUGCCUUCGUUUUCCACCGGACCCCUGCCCUGUCUGCCUGCGUUUCAAGUUAACCCUCUUACCUGCGGAGUCAGAGAAAAAGGGACUUGGGUGGGUUCGAAGGGUUAGACCAGGACAAAAACCACAGGCCCAAACCUAGAUUUAAUACCUGAUCUAAUCCAGUUCCAACCUCUCCCAGGAAUGUGACUGUAAACCACCAGUCUGGAAUUUUCUGGUAAAGCUCCAGUACGGUCAUCGGUCGCAUGGGCCCUCUCCAUCACAGAAAGGAGAGGCAGCCUGCGGGAUGAAAAUGCUUAUUCUCUUUCCCCAAAGAGAAGCCCUUUCUUCACCUUUGGUGAUGGUUGCUUGCUCUGUCCCUGUUCCUAGAAAACUCAUUUAUUUUGUACAACUCCUAGGAGCACCCUUCUAGUUCGUUAUAAGUCAGUUGCUGCCCGGUUCAGGAAUUGGUUAAUAAAGCCAAUUAGAUCUUCAAAUGGA